UCAUCAUAAAAAAGUGUCGCAAUGUUAAAGUAGCUACGAUCAAGUGAAAUGAAAUGUUAUUUCGAAAAAAAUAUGUUAAGAGAACAGCAUUCCUAUUAAUGUUAUUGUUCUCAUUCGUAAUGAUUUGGACAUUUGAUCGUUUCUGUGUAGAAAUAAAAGAGCAAUGCUGAAUGAAUGAAUCCUUGAUAGAUUCAGAUGAAAGAAAAAGGUUUUAAAUGAUAAAGUGAGACAAAAAUUCGGCGUCAUCGACCAUCAAAUAACUCUUAACAUUUAUCUAUUUCUCUUUCUUUCUCUAGAUUAAAACAUGUCUCUUGCUUAGAUCGGGUUUAUUUUUACCAUCCUCAGACACAUACAGACAAACACAUGAUGUUUAUUAAUGGCAAAUCAUUUCGAAAGUCUCAUCAUUGAUUAUCAUCAAAGACCAUCGUUUUUCAAGAUUCUUGUUACUGUAUGUGAACAACAAUGAUACUAAUUAAAUUGAUUGAUUGAAUCAAUGAUAGUGAACAUAUAAAAAAUAGAACUUCUUCGCAGGUAACAUGACAAUGAUGAUUUGUCAAUUAUUGUCAAAUACAAGCUAGUCAAACAAAGUUGUUUUCGUAUACUUCUAUUGUGUCGGUGCCUUAAUUGUGGUUUCAAGUUAAGUUUAUAAAAUUCAGCGAAAAUUGUGACAAAAAUGCCUUCAAAAAAUAAUAAUCAAAAGAAAAAUUCAUCACAAUCGAAUAUCAAUCAUAGUGAAAAUGACAAAUUAACUACUACAACCGGUGAGGAACAAUAUUUUGAUAAUGCAUUUAUUGAUCAAGUUCGCCAAUCGCUGUUAUCCAAUGAUGUGAAUCAAUUUGAUCCAAUUGAUAUCGAACGAUUGAAAGCUCAUGAUGAUUGGUUCAUACGGCGAUUUCUAGCAUGGCGACCCACGACCAUCGAUGAGGCAAUCAAAACAAUGAUUCAGGCAUUGUUAUGGCGAAAAGAGAUCAACAUCAAUCAAUGGAAAGAUACAGAUUUUCCAAGCGAAUUCUAUCAAAUUGCCGGCUGUUUUCAUUAUCUACCUGAUCGUGAGAAUAAAAAUAUACUUAUAUUACGUAUGCGUUUCAAUCGAAAAGAACCAGUCGGUGUAGCAUCGAUUGAGACAAUGGUUCGAAAUUUUUUUAUCUAUGUUGUUGAGAAAAUUGUCAGCCAACAUCCAAACCAAGGAUUUGCAUUAAUAUUUGAUUGUUGGAAAGCAUCAUUGUCAAAUGUUGACAUUGAUAUGGCUCGUUUCAUAAUAAAUACUUUAUCAAAUUAUUAUUCUGGUGCCAUAUCAUACGUGUAUAUUUACGAACUUCCAUGGAUAUUGAAUCAAAUAUGGCGUCUAGUACGAUCAUGGCUGGAUGAAGAGGCUAAAAGUAUCGUACGGUUUGUAACAAUCGACAAUAUUGUCCAGUAUAUAGAAGCAUCUAAUCUGCCAGAUUACAUGGGUGGCUAUUGUGGUAAAGAUUAUCGAUUUGUACCAAAAGGUGUACCAACAUUGGAAGAAAUGUCAACCGGUAAUGGUGAUACAAAAAAAUUGGUCAUCAAAAGCGAUAAGGAUUUAAAAAGAUUGACAGAACAUUUUCAAAAAUUGAUUAAAUUACAAUAGUAGAAUAGAAUUGUGAAAUCCCUGAAAUGGGUCGGUGUAAUCGGACUCUUUAAUAAAUAAGAAGACAAUAUCAAUCAUCUCGCAUUGUGUGUGCAUUACAAUACAAUUUUAUUUUUUUAUCAUUCUUGUUUUUUUUAAACUAAUUAUUUCUUUCUUGAUACAACAAACUGAUUUAUGAUUGAUCAUCUGUUUUUGUUCAAAUUUAUAAUUUAAAAAAUAACAAAUUGCUGAUUCAUCAUCAUCAUUUCUACGUAGUUAAAAGUGACAAAAAUACAAUUAUAAAUUAUAUGAUGAUAAUAAUAAAAUGAUGUGAUCGACCACCGAAACCACCUGUUGGUCCAAUUUUGAAAAAAAAUUCAUUUUUUCCUUUAUUAAUAGGAAAAAAUUUGCAGAUAAUAAUAUCACAUGUUUAUUGAAUGAUGAUUUUUCCUCUAUACCUAACAUGGUCAUUCGAUUCACAUCUUCGAUUGUACAACGACAAACAAAUGACAUCGCCAUCAAUCGUGUCUAUCAUUCUAUACUUGUUAAGUCUACCUAUAUUUAUGAGGCUGAUCUGACCUACUCUCUCUCUCUCUUUCAAUUCAUCUUUCUCAUACUUAUUAACCGAGUUUUUUGUGUUAAUCAUCACCAUCUUGGCUGUUAAUGACCAACAUCAAACAAGUGGCCAAAAUAAGUUGAGUUUUCUUAUUGUAGAUUUUACACCUGUAGUUGCUGAGUUGACGAAAAUCACAUCAUCAACAUUGUCGUCGACAUUUUUGCUCAUAUAUUUAUAGGGAGACAAACAAACAAACAAAUAAAAAAUCGAGUCAUUUAUGAAAAAAGUGAGA